AUGGAGAAGGUUCUUAUCCUGUUGCUGAUCUCCCUGGCUGUAGCCUAUGCAGUCCCCAACCCUCGGGGCCUGAUCAUCAACCUGGAAAAUGGGGAGCUGUGCAUGAAUAGUCUCCAGUGUAAAAGCAGUUGCUGUCAUCAUGAUAGCGUCCUGAGCUUGACCCGAUGUGCUGACAAAGCCCCUGAGAACAGUGAAUGUUCUGCCAGCUCGCUCUAUGGAGUUUACUACAAGUGUCCCUGUGAGAGGGGAUUGACCUGUGAAGGGGACAGGAGCAUCGUGGGCUCCCUCACUAACACAAACUAUGGUGUCUGCCUCGAUAUUCGUCGUUCAAAGGAGUGA